GUCAUUUCGUGGGAGAAAUUCUUAGGUAUUCACAACUACCUUGUCGUUCGGGAUGCGUCUACAGCACUUGCUCUGAUUAUUAACUCUGUCUCAAAGAAGAGCUUACGUCUUGCGAGUUGGUCACGUGUGCAGUGGCCAACUGGUCGAGUGGUCAACUUAGUGACGGUAGAUGCUGAAGCGCUGGCAGCAGCGGCGCCUUAUCGCUCACCAUAUAUGGUCACCAUCGCUCUAUCUCUUGUUUAUUUAACGAUUGGACCUCCGGUUAUUGGUGCGGUCAUCAUCAUGAUUCUCUACGUUCCGUUCAAUUACUGCUUUUCUCUCAUUAUCAAGUCCUAUCAGACAAGGCAAAUGCAAAUGAAGGACAAUCGAGUCAAGUUCACGAAA